UUUCGUUACAAGACAUUGACGAGACCAAAGCUUUUUACAGUCCUAUAAAUACCCAUUUCCGAAUCUGUUAUUUUUCCAACUAUCCAAAUUCAAAAACACACUCUCUCUCUUUCUCUAAGUUUUCUUUGUUCUUUUUCUCGGGAAAAAUGUAAUUGUGUUGUUGAAAAUUCCGGUUUCUCGGGAAAAUUUGGGAGGAAAGUACUCAAGAAAUCUUUUGCUUUCAUCGAUCGAAAAUUUCUUCCAUUGCUGCCGAUUACUGGAAUUUUGUUUUGAACGUUUUAGCUUUUUUCGGUUUUUUGUAUUCCAGAGUCUGGGAUAUUUCUUUUCAGCAAUCGAAAUUGGAUUUUUUCUGGGUUUGCAGUCGAGAACUUAAAGCACCAAUUUUGGGUUCUGUCCGUUGCGAUUGACUGUUUUAGAUUUUAUUGUUAAAAUACUGUUCCAGAAUGAAGCCAUGGACUACAUUUGGUGUACUUUUACAGUUUGAGGUCUGUAGAUUGGUUUUGUUUAGUCAGUAGGAUUGAUUGGUUUAGGAUUUGAAGGAUCAAUGAUGUCGAUUGCAAGGGUAGCUCUAAGUCCAGGAUAUGAAGUCUCUUUGAAUUAUCCUGGUAAUGGCAUAAGCAGCUCCCCUCAUUCAAUCUUGAUUUACCUUACUGUUGCUGGUUCUGUGAUUCCCAUGCGUAUUAUGGAGUCUGAUUCUAUUGCGUCAGUGAAGCUGAAAAUCCAGGCUUCUAAGGGAUUUUUUGUAAAGACACAAAAACUCGUGUUUGAAGGAAGAGAACUGGCUCGGAACAAUUCUUGUAUAAGAGACUAUGGAGUUUCUGAUGGACAUAUGGUUCAUUUGGUGCUAAGGCUUUCUGAUCUCCAAGCUAUUACAGUUAGCACUGUAUGCGGGAAGGAGUUUGAGUUCCAUGUUGAGAGGAAUCGAAAUGUGGCUUAUGUAAAAGAGCAAAUUGCUAAGAAAGGAGAAGGGUUUCCAAAUCUCAAUGAUCAAGAACUGUUAUGCAAUGGUGAGGAGCUUGAAGAUCAGAGACUCAUCAAUGAUAUUUGCAAAAAUAGCGAUGCCAUGAUUCACCUGUUGGUUAGGAAAUCUGCCAAAGUAACAGCCAACCCUGUUGAGAAGAAUUUUGAAGUGUCUAUUGAGGCAUCCGAUUUAGGUGAGACAAGGUCUUAUUUAGUGAACAAAUUGAGCACAAAGCUUGCGAGGCAGCAGAUUGUAGAGAACAACUCAGUACAGAGAGAUUUUCUUUUGGAACCUCUAGUUGUAAAUUCUGUUGUUGAACUGUCACUAAUUGAAGAGCUACUUAACUCUACUUUUGAUGGUUUAGCAAAAGGGAAUGACCCCAUUCGGUCUUCAGAUGGAUCUGGAGGAGCUUAUUUCAUGCAAGAUUCAUCUGGUCUAAACUAUGUUUCUGUUUUUAAGCCAAUUGAUGAAGAGCCAAUGGCUGCAAAGAACCCGCGUGGUUUGCCCUUGUCUCUGGAUGGCGAGGGAUUGAAAAAAGGAACACGGGUAGGAGAAGGAGCAUUGAGAGAAGUUGCUGCAUACAUUUUGGAUCAUCCACUGGAUGGACCUCGCAAGUCCUACAGCGAGAAGGGAUUUGCUGGUGUGCCUCUUACUGUUAUGGUCAAGUGCUUGCACAGAGGAUUUAAUCAUCCAGAUGGCUAUGAGUAUGGUCAUCCCAAGAAUGUAAAGAUUGGGUCACUGCAGGUGUUUGUGAAGAACGACGGAAGUUGUGAGGAUAUGGGUCCUCGAGCUUUCCCUGUAUCUGAGGUUCAUAAAAUUUCUGUGUUGGACAUAAGAUUGGCAAAUGCAGAUAGGCAUGCUGGAAACAUACUGAUUCAGAAAGAUGGUGAAGGAAGCCCAAUUGUGCUCACUCCAAUUGAUCAUGGAUAUUGCUUGCCGGAGAAUUUUGAAGAUUGCACCUUUGACUGGCUCUACUGGCCACAAGCUCGCAAACCUUAUUCUGAGGGCACAAUCGACUACAUCAAAUCACUAGAUGCCAAGCGAGAUAUUGAACUUCUCAAGUCUCACGGGUGGGAGCUCCCGCCCGAGUGUGCUCGAAACCUUCGAAUCUCAACCAUGCUUCUGAAGAAAGGAGCGGAGAGAAGGCUGAGUCCCUUUUCAAUUGGAAGCAUAAUGUGCAGGGAAACCUUGAAGAAGGAAUCUAUUAUCGAAGAGAUUAUUCGAGAAGCAAAUGAAGCUGAGCUCCCGGGAACUAGCGAAGAUGCAUUUCUUGAGACCGUUUCUUCGAUCAUGGAUCGACGCCUUGAUGAGGUAUCUAAAGAAGGUGGUGUUGUUAAUACUUAAAGACAUAUAUACAUACAUAUAUAUACUAUAUAAUAUAUUCAUGACUAUGUUUUUGUUGCUGGACAUUUUGUUACUUUUAAGGGACCUGUAAAGUUUAGUAUAAACUAAUAUGCUUUAUUAGUAAUAAUCGGAACUUAGGCAGUGUCCCAGACAGAGACAACCUUUAUUUUGGUCAGUAUAUUGAAAAUGCCUUUCGAGCAUUUCUUGUCACAUUUGCCAAGUAACAUAAUAUAUAUAAUAUUGGACUUGA